ACUGAGGGUGUCAUUCAGGUAAGAUCCGCUACAGUUGGUCGCGAGCCUACUUAACGCAACGGGAAGUCCAGGUGUGUUCGUGAGCUCUCCCGGAUGUCAAACUCGGGGCGUACUCGCGUGCGCCGACCGAAAUAACGGGAAAAGAGGAGUUUUGUGUUUAGUUUAGUCUUUCUUAAGUGAACGAGAGCUGCUACAAUGAAGGUUCCAGAACCAGAACUAAUGAGUGACAUUCUGAAGCGGCUCACCGGGGAGUCCGCCCUGCCGCUCUACCGCAGCAUCGAGAAGUUCAAGCGGAGCAGAGACGGGCUGUACUAUGUGGCCGAGGACUUCAGCGAAACCGUAAAGAAGAGAGAGUUGGUCAAUGCCAAGGAGCGACUCAGGAUCAGGAACCUGAACGCCAUGUUCUCCCGUUUGAAACGCAUGGUUCCCCUAAUGCGGCCUGACCGCAAGCCGAGCAAAGUGGACACGCUCAAAGCUGCCACCGAAUACAUCCGGCUGCUGCUUGCCGUUUUGCGCGAUACUGAAAAUAAUGAUGGCAUGGGGACCGAUUUCCUAAAGAAUGCAAUCACUUACAGUCAGACUGAAGGCCUGGGCAGUGACUUAUGGAGAAUGGAUGAUCUGCUGAACAUAGACGAUCACCUGGAAGACGGCUUCACUUUGCCUCCAGAACCGGCGCCAGAGGACGGUGAAAUGCCCAGGCUGGUGUUGCAACACUGUGUGAUGCCUGCAUACCAGCUCAUCAUCCAAGUUGCUCCUGAUCAAGCUCCGAUGUUUCAGCCUUGAUGGGCCCUUUGAUCGGAUUGGUUGAACCAGUGUUAAAACAUCUGCCAGGAGCUGCUUUGAAGAAAUCAUUGAGAAGAAAUCU